ACAACCUUUGAGAGUGAAAGAGAGAUAUGGGAAUUUUCUAUUGACUCUCUCUCUCUCUCUCUUCAACUUUCAUAAACACAAACAUACACACACGGAUGCCCAAAAACCAUUGACUUCAAUCAAAAGGCAAUUCAAAAUCGUCCAUAGUAGUCUCUGUCUCUGGAGAAGAGUGAUGGCCAUGGCGGCAGCAACAGUAGGAGGAGGAGGAGUAGGAGGAGAUAUAUUGAAAGCACACGCAGCCAUGGCAAUGGUUCAGCUAUUCAAUGGAGGGUAUCAUGUGGUAACAAAAGUUGCACUCAAUGUUGGGAUGAAUCAACUCGUUUUCUGUGUCUUCCGUGACCUCCUUGCCCUUGCCAUCCUUGCCCCCAUCGCCUAUGUUCGUGAAAAACGGAUUCGACUACCGAUGACUAGACGACUCCUCGUGUCGUUUUUCUUUCUUGGCUUAACUGGGAUAUUUGGCAAUCAGCUGUUGUUUCUCAUCGGUCUGGGCUACACAAAUCCAACUUAUGCUGCUGCAAUACAGCCUUCAAUUCCAGUCUUCACUUUUUUAUUGGCUACAAUGAUGGGCACAGAAAGAGUGAACUUGUUCAGAAUUGAAGGUCAGGUCAAAGUUGGAGGUACAGUCGUAUGUGUUUCUGGUGCCAUACUAAUGGUUCUAUUCCGUGGCCCAGCUUUGAUAGGAAAUCCAGAACCAGACUUUGCAGCACAAAAUGAAAUAAGUGCCAGGGGUCAGCCAGAGCCUUCUGGAUGGUUGAUGUCCAGUUUUCUUGAGUAUGGGAUUGACCAUUUUCACCUUGGAGUUUUAUGCUUAAUAGGAAACUGUAUGUGCAUGGCUGCAUUUCUAGCCAUUCAGGCUCCACUUCUAGCAAAAUAUCCCGCAAGCCUAUCAGUGACAGCAUAUUCAUACGUUUUUGGUGCUCUAUUGAUGGUGAUAACAGCAUUCUUUAUGACCAAUGAGUCAACAGACUGGAGUUUGACACAGUCUGAGUUUUUGGCAGUCAUUUAUGCUGGAACUAUUGCAUCUGCCCUUAAUUAUGGACUCCUAACAUGGAGCAAUAAAAUCUUGGGCCCUGCUAUGGUUGCUCUCUACAAUCCAGUCCAACCUGCAGCUUCUGCCUUCCUGUCAAGAAUUUUUCUUGGAAGCCCUGUCUAUUUGGGGAGUGUUUUUGGGGGAUUUUUAAUUAUAGCUGGUCUUUAUUUGGUGACCUGGGCUACUUUUAGAGAAAAACAAGCAGCUAUGGGGAAUAUUCCUCAUGUUAUUCGUCCUGCUGAGCCGAUUAUUCACAAGGAUUCACCUAUUCCCAAGAUCCCAUUCCAGAGGAGUCUCAUUUUCUCAGGGCCUUCUACCGCAUUGCCAAAAUCUUCAGAUUAAGCCAACCUAUGAUGAGAUGUGAUGUAGAGUUCUUAUAAUUUUCUUCUCUUUACUGUAGACUUUGUUCAGAUAAAACAGCAUCAUCUUAUAAAGUUCUCAUGAUUCAUUCUGUAUCUCCUUAAAAAGUUCAAGAAAAAAUAUGUUCUAUGUUUUCUA